AUGCCGUCCCGCUACGUCUCUCCCUACGGCCCUAAGUUCCGGCCACAAGUGAACAUUGCUGGAUUCCCGCUCAAGGCCCUUAAAAACGUUGGUAUUUCCGCUAGCGCAUUCGGUGUUGUUGCUGGUUGUACCGUCAUCUACCUCCUCGAAGGUGUACCGCGUGUCCAGAACGAUAUCCUCAAGAAACUUCCUUUGAUUGGAGGAUACUGGGUAAGGGAGAAGAUUGCUUCUGACAACCCGUUCUAA